UGCAUGGCGCCUCGUUUCUCGAAAUUUUUUAUACUCGUGAAUCUUUGAUCAGUGUGGUUCAAAAGAUUGUGAAGUUUUCACGCUGUAAUCUCUGGAGUGGUCUCCUGACAAGCCCGCUUAUCCAGAUAAAUGAGAUAUCCCUGGAGAUCGCACCUCCCACCGCCGGGGAAUAUCGGGAUAAGUAGGGGACUGGCCGUUUCACCCCACAAAUAACCUACCCAUCUGGAUUCGCCCCACCAAAAAUGGCAAACGACGGCGAGAAACGUGAAGGGAGGGAGGAAGAUGAGAGGUUCAAGACAUUCACUCCAAUUAUUCCAAGAUUGGAACGACUCGAUUAUCUGAUGAGACGUUUGGAAGAGAAGCAGAAGCAAAGGCAGACGCAGCAGCGAGGCUCGAGAGGCGAGCGGGAGCGGGAAAGCUCGACGCAGAGCUCUCGAGCGCACCACCAAAGGACUCUGUCUUCCGCGGUUCAGGAGGUGCAGCAGAAGGGCUCUCUGUUGGACCGCAUCGCCUCGCUGGAGAACCGUCUGCUCCAGUUAAGUGUUGAUAUGGAAGUAAGCAGUUCGUCUUCUAGCUCCUCAACGGUGCACAUGUCAGGGUGGUCGUCCCGUGAACUCGGCCAAGAGAGAAGAAACACUGCCUGUGCCAUCAGCCCCUCCUAUAGAGCCAAGAAAAACUCCGGCCAACGCAAAACAGGCACAGGUAACCCUAAACCUAAGAAAAGCCAUGUCGAGAGAGAAACGCAGUUCAGCUCAAAGAAUUCCUGGCAAAGCCCAUAGACGGUGAUGAAUGGAGACACAGGAGAUGGUUCAGUAUGGGCUGCUAAUCCAUGUAUCUCUUCUUCCCUUCCUCGCCUCUUCUUGUGCAUGAUACUUUUUUUUUCUCUACUACAAGCCUGAAGGUGAUUGUGGGUUGUCUAGAUCAACCGCAGUUCUUGUAAGAUAAGAAGAACAAUAUCGUUGAGGCUUAAUAUUACGUGCAUAUGGAGACAAAGAAUGACCAAAGUUGAGGCAGAAAUACUCUCUGCAUGAUCAUAUAUAUAUAUAUAUA